CUCUCUUUCUUUUAAGGUUUCUCUUCCUUCCCCACGGUGAGGACCAUCAUGGAAACACCAGAGGAACUCACCUUGGGUUCCAAAGACCAUACCAACAUCGUCAAAGGCAAGAGAACAAAGAGGGUAAGGCCUCAAUCCCCCAUCCCCUUCUCCAUCACGGCAGCAGAAGAAGAAGGAGGGGAGAAUAAUAUACCAUCGCAACAACAAGAAGAAGAAAAAGAAGAUAUUAUUUACAAUGCGAAUGCGAAUGGCAACACAGCAACUACUUCUUCCGUGGGUCCACGAGACAGCACGGAAGAAGAGGAGGACAUGGCCAACUGCCUCAUCCUGUUAGCACAAGGACAAUCCAGGGAAUCCCCAAGACGCCCGGCCGCCGUAGCAGAAGAAGAAGGAGGAGGAACAAGCUACAACAAGUACAGCAGUAGGAAGUUUCUAGAAGCUGCCGGAGUCGGCGUUGGGUACGGAGGAGGAAGAACAGGAGGAUAUUAUGUAUACGAGUGCAAAACAUGUAACAGGACAUUUCCAUCUUUUCAAGCACUUGGUGGACACAGGGCAAGCCACAAGAAACCCAAGGCCGCCAUUCCUGCAAUCUCCAUUCACCAAGAAAGAAAACAACCACCGCCAUUGUUCUCCUCCGACGAAGAAGAGUUCCAAUUCAAGAACACCACCGCCAACAAAUCAAGCUUCCUCCAGUUGAACACAAGAGGGAAUAAUUUGUAUAGCAAUAACAAUAACAAAUCCAAGGUUCACGAAUGUUCCAUUUGCGGAGCUGAAUUUACAUCUGGACAGGCACUUGGUGGACAUAUGAGGCGGCACCGAGCUCCGGUGGGGACUAACACUAACACUAACACUAACACCACGCUUUCGCUGACCACCACCACCACGGCGGCCGCGAUGGAAGCAGAUGAGGAGCAGCCUAAGAAGAAGACGAAGGUGUUGUCUUUGGAUUUGGAUCUCAACCUUCCGGCACCGGAAGAUCAAGAUCAAAGGGAAUCCAAGUUUGCCUUUGUAUCCAAGCAACCACCAACGCAACCGCAACCGCAACCGCAGAAGCAGCAACCACAAACAAGUCUUGUCUUCUCUACUACACCAGCUUUGGUGGAUUGUCAUUACUGAACAGGGAAACUAAAAAGUUUGAAAAUUUAUUGGCAUUCAUUCAAUUCAUUCAUCAUGUGAAAGAAUUAAGAACAACAUUUUUUUUUGUUUAGCAAUACAUUAUUGAUUUGUUUGUAUGUAUGUAUGAUUAACUGAUUAUACACACAUACACAUUUGAAAAGAUUUUACAAUCAUUCCUU